ACACACAUUCGCUUGGCCGAUGAUUCACACUCGCUUCUGAGCAAUCGAUCUUCCGAGUCUCACAAUCCGCCGUAUUCCGAGGACGACGCCUGAAAGGACAGGACAGGAAAAGACGACACAACACAGGACGGGACGGGACAGUGCUCGAGAGCUCGAGACCAGCGCCUCCUCACGAGGCAACAAUCGAAAGCAGUAGCGGUUCACGAACCUGAAAGAGCCCCCUGGUGGGCAUACACAUUCCUCCGCGAUGGCGCAGCAUGGCUACCGCAUGUCCACCUAUUCGAAUGCUUCGUCGGCAGUCCACGGGCGGACCAACACGAUGCAGCAGAACCAGACUUCAUCGCAGGUCUCAACCACAACCCUGCUCAACACUCUCCACGGCUGCUUCAAGGAGGGCACGCCAUAUGCAUUGGAGGCCAGUACGAGCUUGGUGGUCAACACAUGGGUGACGGGAUGCAGCACCGGCCCGGAUGGCAGAUAUGGCGGCACUGUCGAUUCUGAUUUGGCACGCAGAGCCUGGGAGCACGCUCGGAGGAGAGCAGAAGAUGCGUGUAUUGUACUCGGCUCACUCCAUCAGUCUACACCAUCUCUAUUCGCUCCAUUCGCCUCAGCCCUCCCACUGAGUGUACCGGGCACCUUCUACACCGCACUCGACGCAUUAAAGCCGUUCCUGCGCACAGUCACGCCAUUCAAUCCCUCGCUACCCCGAUACUCCGCCCUCUCCGCCAACUUCACUCUGGCCCUGACGGGUGAGAUCACCGGUGCCAUCAUUAGCUUGUCACAGUCAGGCAUCGACACCCAGGCCGGUCUGGUCAAUGUGCCAGCAGAGCCUGGAUACAGGGCAUUCGAUGUCUUUUACUACCUCUUACAUGCCCAGUCAGAGCAAGAGCGGGAGGCUCUGAGUCUGAGGCAGCCACACGAAUACGCCCUGCUGAACAAGACGGGCACCUACAGUGCUCCAUCCUUCCUCCCUACUGCCGACGAUGCAGCAGCAGCGGAGGACUUUCGAGAGUCGCUCAAGGCGAUUGGUAUCAAGGGCAAGAGCCUCCGCUCCCUGCUCGCUGUACUGUCUGCCGUUCUUCGGCUGGGCGACGGCACGGGAUAUCUCAUCGAGCAGGACGAGUUGAUCACAGUGUGCGAAGAAGUUGCCGGCUUGCUAGAUAUCGAUGAGGACAUUCUUCUCAAGCGAUGCGUCACUGAAGAGCGUGAAGUUCUCAUUGGCGCACUCUACGAAGCACUGGUAGACUGGGUCAUCUUGCAAGCCAACAAUUCCAUUCGAAGUGACAUUCAGACUGGACGAGCGAUUGGAUCCAGCAGUGGCAGUGACAAUGGUAUUCUGACGCCGCCCAGUGCAGAUGAUAUCGACAGUGUCAGCAUCACUCUCAUCGAGAUUCCUAGCCAGACUUUAGGCAAGGCUGUGAGCUUGAAGACUGUAUUCGACGAUCGGGUUGGCAUCAACUUGGAGAUGAAGGAGGAUGGCUUGAUGAUAGAGUCCACCGGCGCUUCCGUCAUCAAAGAGAUGGAUCUCGCUGUCCAGCAAUCGGAGGCAGAUCUGAACAUUGAUGGACCCGCGCAACGAGAACGCGAUGUGGCAUGGGACCGUCGGCAGGGCGUUCUCGAGAAAGUUGGCGUCGAAAGUGAAGACGAUAGCUUUUUACGCCAGAUCCUGUACCCCGUUACUGGACACGGCAUAUCCCUCGGCACCACCGGACGAUUCAAUCUCAUGAACACUCUGGGUAGCAGCAGAGUUUGGUUCCAGCUGUGCUUGCACCCCAGCGAUGAUCGUCCGGAGCGCUUUGCCAAUGUAGCACCGGGUAGUGUGACAUGGUCUGCAGGAAGUGUGUCGAGUCAGAUUCGUAAGUGGCGGUUGGCCGAGUGGGCAAACUACCGAAACAAACAGCUCGACUUCACUGCGGACUUUGACGUGGAAGAGUUUGUCGAUCGCUAUCGCCGUCUUGGAUGCCAGGAUGGCAGAGAGGGAGUGGAGAGCUGGAUCAUGGAACGCGGCUGGAGUAAUGGCGAGGUCAUGGUUGGACACGAACGUAUCUGGAUGCGCGAGAAUGCAUACUGGGAAGCGGAAAGCAUGCUUGAUAUGAAGCCAACAGAUGAUAUGUCGGGUUCUGGCAUGCUCGGUGGCAUGGUCGGCGCAGCUCGCGUGGAAGGCUACAACAGCCCGGCUCCAGGCACGGAGAACGGCGGCUUCUACAAUGAAUCCCGCGACACUAUGCACGGUCGUAACCCUAGCCAAGUGGCACCGAGCAGGAUGGGCGCCAAAUCCCUGGCGCCGACCGCAGCGCCCACGAUGCGCAGUGCCAGCGGCGGUGACUAUGGUCUCGGGUUCAAGGGAGACGACAAACGCAACUACAUCGGCUUCGAAGGCGAGAUUGAUGCCGAACAGGCCGCUGGCAAAGAGCUCGUCGUCCAGAAGAUCACCAAGGCUCGAAAGAUCUGGGUCGCCAUUGUCUGGGCUCUCACAUGGUGGGUCCCUUCGUUCUUGCUCAGCGCCAUUGGCCGCAUGAAGCGUAGGGACAUCAGGCAAGCCUGGAGGGAGAAGCUUGCUUUGGUGAUGCUGAUCGCAAUCAUGAACGCGACGGUCGUCUUCUACAUCAUCGCUUUUGGCAAGUUGCUCUGUCCGAAUCGAGACAAGGUAUGGAAUACCAAGGAAGUGUCCUACCACCAGGGAGAUACCGACUUUUAUGUGUCCUUCCGCGGCGGCGUAUACGAUCUGUCCAAGUUCUACAAGCUCCAGCACUCGGACACGAACAUCGAGACCACAAAAGAUAAUAUGCAGCCGUUCGCGGGCACGGAUGUGACGGAGUACAUCGUGCCGCCACUCACGGUCGCCUGUCCUGGUCUGGUCACCUCGAACACGAUCCAACUCCAGAGCAACAACACCCUGAUUUACCCCAAUGCUCAACACACUUCCGGUCCCCAGUUUCAGCCGGACAGGACCUCGAAACUCAACAGCAUCAAUUGGUACGUGGACGACUUUUUACCACGUAUGAAGGAAUACUACAAGGGCAAGCUGGUGUACAAGAAGUCUACCGUGAGCAAAGACGGCGAGCUCAACAGCCGCAAGUGGGUCAUUAUUGACAAUAAGAUCUACGACCUGACGAAUUACUUUUACACUCUGGAUCGCCAGAACAAUCUUCCCAGCUACAGCUUUCUCCCCGAGGAUGUGACGACCCUUGUGACCAACAAUCCUGGUGGCGAUAUUACCGAUGAUUGGAACAAGAACCUCAACUUCACCACCCGCGAAAACAGCAUGAACUGCCUCAACAAUAUGUUCUACAUUGGCGAAACAGAUUUCCGCGGGUCUGCCAAAUGUCAGGUCAACAAUUACAUUUUGCUAGGAUUUACCAUCAUCUUGUGCGCUGUGAUUCUGGUCAAAUUCUUGGCAGCACUGCAGCUGGGUUCGAAGAAGCGGCCGUCUCAACAAGACAAGUUCGUCAUCUGCCAGGUCCCAGCCUAUACCGAGGGUGAAGAUUCGCUCCGGAAAGGCCUGGACUCGCUCACUGCUCUGGCUUACGACAACAAGAGAAAGCUCAUCUGUGUGAUUUGUGAUGGAAUGAUUGUCGGAGGUGGCAACGACCGCCCUACCCCCAAAAUCGUGCUGGAUAUCCUGGGCGUCGACCCCAAAAUCGAUCCUCCUGCGUUGCCAUUCAAAUCGCUGGGUCUGGGAGGCGAACAGCUCAAUUAUGGCAAAGUCUACUCCGGUCUGUACGAGUACGAAGGCAAUGUGGUCCCGUACAUUGUCGUCGUCAAGGUCGGCAAGGAAUCUGAGCAGCAAAAGUCCAAGCCUGGUAACCGUGGUAAGCGUGAUUCGCAAAUCUUGCUCAUGAGCUUCUUGAACCGCGUCCAUCAUCGCAGCGCCAUGAAUCCGCUGGAACUCGAGAUGUUUCAUCAGAUCAACAACAUCAUUGGUGUUGACCCGGAGCUGUACGAAUACUUGUUCAUGGUUGACGCCGAUACCAAGGUGAAGGAAGACUCCCUGAACCGAUUGGUCUCCGCUUGUGCCAAUGACGCGAAGAUCGCCGGUAUCUGUGGUGAGACGUCGUUGGAGAACGAAGAACGGUCGUGGUGGACUAUGAUUCAGGUGUACGAGUACUACAUUUCUCAUCAUCUGGCUAAGGCCUUCGAGAGUUUGUUCGGCAGUGUGACCUGUUUGCCUGGAUGUUUCUGCAUGUACCGAUUACGCACCUCCGACAAAGGGCGACCCCUCAUCAUUGCGGACAAAAUCAUUACGGAGUACGCGGACAACAACAUUGACACCCUACACAAGAAGAACCUGUUGUCACUCGGUGAGGAUCGUUACCUGACGACCAUUAUGUGCAAGCACUUCCCCUCCAUGUCGUACAAAUUCCUUCCGGAUGCGUAUGCUCUCACGGAAGCACCAGCCCAAUGGAGCGUCCUGCUUUCCCAACGUCGUCGCUGGAUUAACUCGACGAUUCACAACUUGGCUGAGAUGCUGCAAGUCGACCUCUGCGGAUUCUGCUGCUUCAGCAUGAGAUUCGUGGUGUUCAUUGAUCUCUUUGGUACCGUCAUCCUGCCCGCUACCUGUGCUUACUUGGUCUAUCUCGUCUAUACUGUGGCUUCGGGAACGGGACAAUUCCCGCUGAUCUCCAUCAUUAUGCUUGCCGCUGUGUACGGUCUACAGGCCAUCAUCUUCUUGAUCAAGCGACAAUGGCAGCACAUUGGUUGGAUGAUUAUUUACAUCAUGGCUUAUCCGAUCUGGUCGUUCAUCCUGCCCGUAUACUCCUUUUGGAAGCAGGAUGACUUCUCGUGGGGUAACACGCGUGUUGUCGUGGGAGAGAAGGGUGACCGUAGGCUCAUUGCAGUCGAUGACGAAGGCUUUGACCCUCGUAGCAUUCCUCUUCAGCGCUGGGAUGACUAUGCCACUGCCAACAACCUGCCCGGACGCCGUGCGAUGAUGGAAGAGAAGGACAUGCAAAUGUACGACGGCGGCUAUGAAAUGGAUGACAUGCGUUCGGUCUAUUCGAGCGCCAAGCCGGCUUCGACUGUCCUGGCUGGAUUCCCGCAACAUCAAUCCUUCAUGCCGCCGCAAUCGCCAGGGCCGUACAGCGGCAUGAUGGGCCGGCAAUCGACCUUCUCGCAAAUGACUGGACGCUACCACGAUCAGCCCAGCCCUCACGAGUCGCAACAACGACUCAUGUCGAUGGGCGGAAUGAGCAACCAGUACAGGCCGCAGUAUAGCCCACAACAUCAGUCCACUGACAAUCUGCUUGGGGGUAUGCAGUCCCCUCCACUGUACCAGAAUCGUGCUCGCUCACCACUCGGAGGCGGGCCGCAGUAUGGUAGCCGACCUGGCAGCACACACCCCGUGUCGUUGCAUGGCUUCCAAACCCAAGGACCCGCCAAUGAUGCCAUCACGAUGGCGAUUCGGGAAUGCUUGAACGAGGUCGACUUGGACAGCGUCACGAAGAAGCAAUUGAAAGCACUUGCUGAACAGAAGUUGCAAUGUCAAUUGGUUGGGGAGAAGAGAGCUUUCCUCGAUGCACAAAUUGAUAUAGAACUCGCGUCUAUGUAGGCACCAGCCUUGGGGCGCGUGUUCCAAUGGUCCACCCAGAUGGAAUCUUGGAGGGGCACGGGAAUCUUAUCGUAUGUUGACUGGUGCUAGGAGCUCGGGACGAACUGGUGCAUUGGAGGUGUUGGACGAUGAUGUGUGGUCAAUCUUUUCCUAUUUAUGGGGAGAUCAGCGGAGUGAUGGGCGAGGAUGAUUAUUUAAUCGAACAUUUGAGGAGCAGGGAAAAGAGAAGAGAAGUAAAAGAAAGUACAGAACGACUCACUGAAGUGAUCAGUGUUUACCACAGUAUUGUGAAACAUCACAGGGGAGGGAAAGAAUAUUGUCACUCCUUUUUUUGGGUGCUGCUGAAGAUUUGGUAGGAGGGAAAGUAAGGGAAACAGAGCCUCCCUUGAUAACACACAUAUGUUAAUUUAAUGAAACGCCUCGGACGAAUAUCAAAACCAAAAAGUAC